GGCCGGCGUCUAUGUCUUUUGCAGUGGAAAACUCUAUUUUGACUCACCCAGUUCCAAGGCAGCAGAUAAAGCAGUCGCCCAUGGUUUCCAGCGUCCACUUCCCCUGUAAACGCCUCAUCUGCUUUCUAUGUCGCCGAUAAAAUAAGGCCCUUGCUUUGUUUGCUUUCCCGUAUCAACCGGCCGCGACCGAUUCGAGCAAUUCAGACUUGCGUUCGAACGGCUUUCAGAAUGCAGGACGGCAGCGCGCGUCGGGGCCCGGGGACGCUGGGGCGGCAUCUGGCCCGGCGGCUAGUGCAGGUGGGCGUCCGCGACGUCUUCUCCGUGCCCGGCGACUUCAACCUCACCCUACUCGACCACCUCAUCGCGGAGCCGGAGCUCAACCUGGUGGGCUGCUGCAACGAGCUCAACGCCGGGUACGCCGCCGACGGCUACGCCCGCGCCCGCGGCGUCGGCGCCUGCGUCGUCACCUUCACCGUCGGCGGUCUCAGCGUCAUCAACGCUGUAGCUGGCUCCUUCAGCGAGAACCUCCCCAUCAUCUGCGUGGCCGGCGGCCCCAACUCCAACGACUACGGCACCAACCGCAUCCUCCACCACACUAUCGGCCUCCCCGAUUUCUCCCAGGAGCUCCGAUGCUUCCAGACUGUCACUUGCCACCAGGCGGUGAUCAAUAAUUUGGACGAUGCGCAUGAGAUGAUCGAUACUGCAAUAUCCACGGCUUUGAAAGAGAGCAAGCCCGUGUACAUCAGCAUCAGCUGCAACUUGCCGGGGAUAUUUCAUCCCACCUUCGCAAACGAGCCUGUUCCCUACUUCCUCGCGCCCAUGGUGAGCAACCAAUUAGGACUGGAGGCUGCCGUGGAAGCAACAGCAGCAUUUUUGAACAAGGCCGUGAAGCCAGUACUGGUCGCCGGACCCAAUCUGAGGGUGGCUAAAGCACAGCAAGCUUUCGUGGAGCUCGCAGACGCGUGCGGCUAUCCAAUAGCCAUCAUGCCAUCAGCCAAAGGACUGGUACCGGAGCACCAUCCUCACUUCAUCGGGACUUACUGGGGCGCCGUGAGCACCAACUUCUGUGGAGAGAUUGUGGAAUCAGCUGAUGCUUACAUGUUCGUCGGCCCGAUCUUUAACGACUACAGCUCUGUGGGGUAUUCUCUCCUGAUCAAGAAGGAAAAAGCUGUGGUGGCAAAGCGGAACCGUGUCACCGUCGGCAAUGGCCCCUCUUUUGGUUGGGUUUUCAUGGCUGAAUUCUUGGCUGCACUGUCUCAUAAGCUGAAGAGGAACACUACUGCUAUGGAGAAUUAUCGUCGUAUCUACGUCCCUCCAAGCAUGCCGAUGAGACGAGAGAACAACGAACCUUUGAGGGUUAAUAUCCUUUUUAAGCACAUUCAGAGUAUGCUGAGUGGAGAGACCUCUGUCAUUGCAGAGACUGGUGAUUCAUGGUUCAAUUGCCAAAAGCUUCAUUUGCCGGAGAACUGCGGGUAUGAAUUCCAAAUGCAGUACGGAUCAAUUGGAUGGUCAGUAGGUGCCACUCUUGGAUAUGCUCAAGCUGCCAAGGAAAAGCGUGUUAUUGCUUGCAUAGGAGAUGGGAGUUUCCAGGUGACUGCUCAAGAUGUAUCUACAAUGAUCCAGCAAGGGCAACACAGCAUUAUUUUUCUCAUUAAUAAUGGUGGAUACACUAUCGAAGUAGAGAUCCAUGAUGGGCCUUACAAUGUGAUCAAGAACUGGAACUACACUGCAGUUGUUGAUGCCAUAAACAAUCAAGCAGGCAAAUGUUGGACUUGCAAGGUGAACACUGAGGAGCAAUUAGAAGAGUCGAUAGCCACAGCCACAGGAGACAAGAAGGAUUGCCUGUGUUUUAUCGAGGUAAUUGUGCACAAAGAUGAUACUAGCAAAGAGCUUUUGGAAUGGGGAUCAAGAGUCUCAUCUGCUAACAGUCGCGCGCCAAACCCACAAUAGAAAAACUGCAUGAUAUGAGUAAAAACUAAGAUCUUUUUUCCUUCACGAUCCAACUAGGUGUUGUAUCGGGGUCGGAAAUGAAUAGAUUACCUAAAGUUGAUGAUCCAGGGGUUUGCUAUAUCUUGUUCACCCUUUUGAUAUUGAAAUUGUGUUCAGUAUUUCUGCUGCCACUACAAUGUGUUGUAUCAGUGUAGCCUUUGAAUAAAAGCUAUCCAAUUGUGCUCCAUUUUUACAUCA